UUGGUUAGGGCGUGGCAAAAGUUACGUUUUUUUGUCUCGCUUUCUUGCUUCGUACUCUAUGCGCAGAGCGUUCAUGGCUGCUGUUCCGAUUGUCAGUCACUUCAAAUGCAGGGCUCCCAACAAGUAUCCAGGUGCACCCAAAACAGUAGCACGCUUUCCGGUACCGAAUGACAAAAUUUCGUGGGAUGUCGAUUAUUCCGAAUACAAGCCGCCAAGCUACACGUCGCAGCAUGUUAUUGGUGCACCAUGGGCAGAUCGUGACGUUGAGAGUAGUGAUCUUUGCUUUAAGUUCAAUCAAGUUGAUGGAAAGGUUGAUAGACGGAGUUUCAUGGGCUCAUACCGAGUUGUAGAUGGCAUUGCAAGGAACCCAAUAGGAAGAACUGGAAUUUGUGGACGAGGACUGUUAGGCAGGUGGGGACCUAAUCAUGCUGCUGAUCCUAUCGUUACAAGGUGGAAAAGAACUGCUAGUGGAGAAAAGAUACUCAAAGAAGGAAAACCUGUUUUGCAGUUUGUUGCUAUUCAAAGGAAGGAUAAUGGCGAAUGGGCUAUUCCUGGGGGUAUGGUUGAUCCAGGUGAAGACGUUUCAGCAACACUAAAAAGGGAGUUUGGUGAAGAAGCUCUCAGCUGUCUUGAGUUGAGUGCUGAAGAUCAAGAGAAGAUUAAGAAAUUUGUCUACAAUCUUUUUGAACACGGGGAAAAGAUGUAUGAGGGUUAUGUCGAUGACCCUAGAAAUACAGACAACUCGUGGAUGGAAACCGUUGCUAAAAACUUCCAUGAUGAAACUGGUGACGCAUUUAACCGGGUGAAUUUAAGGGCAGGUGAUGAUGCAGCAAGUGUGUCUUGGAUUGAUGUUGGUCAUGAGAUGAAGCUUUAUGCAAGUCAUUGUGACUUUCUUAGUCGAGUAGCAACGUUACGGAAAGCAUACUACUAGUCGUGCUGUGAUUCUCGGGCAAGUGUCAUUGACAUUAGACAUGCUUGUAUUGUGCCUGUUGGCAUAUUUCUGAAAAUUUUCAUUGUGUGUAUGCUUGUUUUGUGUUGUAUUUUAUCAUUGAAACCUACAGGACACUUAUCUACUUUGUUAUUACAUGGAUUUGGAUUUUAUUUCCUUGUGUUCUUAAUUAACUAUGGCAUAUAGUCAUUAUGAUACGGUAUUGGGGUGAAUAUUACAGUGAC